AUGUCCAAUGAUCCAUCGGCAAUGCCGUCAUCGUCCCCUGUCUCUUUCAACGGCGUUGACAGCGAUGCGAGUGAUGCCCGCACAGCACUUGCCCAGGUUCGCCAGUUACUCGCGGAGCGGCGGAAAAAUCGAUUUGGCGUUGCUGCUGGUGCCGCUGCCCCUGUGGCAGCAGCGGCAUCGGCGCGACCACUGCUGAGCAAGUCGUCAAAAUCCAGUAGCCAUCGAUCCUCCCUAUCCGUCGAUAGAGCCGUGCAUGGCGAUGGCAACAGUAGCAGCUGCGACGACAUGAAUAACGCUAACCGUCAACGCAGGCAAGCGCCUGGCUUUCCCCAGCAGCACGGCAGGCGACGGCCGCCAUCGGCGCCAGACAACGUCCUCUCACACGGGGCGAACAGUGCACUGGCGUCGCUGAGUUCGUCGCCAUCCUCGCUGCCGCAGGCAACGACAUCGGCAUUGCUAGCGGUGUCGAAGCCAUCGGCGAUGGCUUUGUGCCCACUGCCCUCACCUCCUCCGUCGCGGCACAUCUCGUACUACGGUGGCUUUCUGCCUCACACGCUGGACUCGUACGACCUUGCCGUGGCUGUUUUCCCGCCGUCGGGCCGCACAGACACCCUGCGACGGCCGUCUCGUUCUCCGUCCCCGGCGCUGACGUCGGCGAUGACCGCGACGGAACAGAGCGGCGCGCGCAGUUCGUGGGGGAGAUGCACCCCUGGCUGCCGAGAGAGGGCCGCUGCCACCGGGCGGCCCAACAUGGCGUUCGACGAGGCUCUCGCGGCGGCGAUGGUGUCGACGGCGGAGCGUAUGCUGGAGAGCGACAGGCGAAAUGGCAGCGCCGCACCGCAGCAGCCGUGUCGGCGCUACUCGCUCCCGACAAGGGCCACGGUUGGAAGCGCCAUCGCUGGCAGCAGCAGCAGCAGCGAUGCCAGUGGCCCAGCGUUGAUGACAGCGCUCCGCAGCAGCCCGAAGUGGGGACCCCGGACGCCACCCAGCACGAGCCGAGACAUGGCAGCCUUUGGCCACACCACCCCCGAUCUCCUGAUUGCUGCGGAUGGCGGGGACAGCAAAGGUGGCAACGGCGUUGGCCCUCACUGCGCAAUGGCGACAGGGCUCUCGCGGCACCACAGCCGCAGCGCCGGUGGUCUCUACAUGGCAGAGACCCCCGUCUUUACAGACCCGUCGCCGUCGUUGUCCACGGCUGCCUCGCAGUCCAUUCUAUGGAAUCGAGGCACGCGGGAGUCAUCUCCAGCCCCACCGCGAAUUCCGGCGUCCCGUGAGAAUGAGUGUGGUGUUGCUGCGCACGAUCCAGACACACCAUCACGGCAGUCGCCAGCGAUAUCCGCUUUGUCGGACAUGGCUGGGCGGCCUGUGAGCCGCGACUACUGGGUGCGUGGCCUUUCCUCCACGUCGAGUGGCCCCAGCGGACGCAUGAUGGUGACGGCAAGCAGCCGGACUGCAGGGGUGGCUGAGAAGGACGCCGCCCCACAGCUGUCGCACCACCAGCUCACCGAGGCCUUCUACGGAAGCUACAAGGGUAGUGAGAUGGCGCAGGACGCGUACAGGUACUUCGUCGCACAGCAGCAGAUGAAACACCCCGUGGGCGUUAAUGGCAGCACCACCUGUACAGCGCGAUGCUGGCAGAGCGGCAGUGUCGGCACGAAGCUGUGCAAGGGGGGCAGCAUGCACCAGCAAUGGGGGCCCUCGGCCGCGAGGAAAGCAGCUCCGAUUAUGAUGCCGACGCGCACAGCAGCAGCAAGGGGUGCGGACGGGUGCACUGCGCAACUGGUGCUCGUACCAGGAAAAUGGGGGAGCCAACCCAGAGCAACCACAGCAGCCUCAGCUAUUUCCCUCAUGACAGCUGCUGCCAUCCAUGCCGCUCCGACGCAGCUCGAGCCGCCGUCCAUCUCCACCGAAGUGCUGCUUCCGGCGUUGCGGAGGGGCUCCGGUGCCGCAGCCGCAGAACGGCAGCAGCACCAUUCGCAGCCCAAGACACGGUCGAGCAUCACCAGCCUUGGCAGUGUCCACAGCGACAACGGCGGCAAUGGCCACGAUACCUCCUCGCCGUUGUCGCCGCCGAAGCUGUCGGCGACUGUCAGGUCAGCAACAUCAACGCCGACAGCAGCAAAGGGCGCUGGGGGGACAGCCAUCGACAGCGUCGCCGAUCAGCGGCGGCGGCAAAGCCGUCUGGCACAGCUGGAGCCUCUCUGUCUACCCGACCCCGCUCUCGGUACUCCCGCAUGUCAGCACAGCGCGCAGCAGCAGCAGCCACUGAAGACGUCGGCAGAGAGGGCGUCGCUCACAGUCUUAGCGAUGGUGCGUCCUGCACCUGACCAGGAUCGCGCCCCACAUACGCCGUCGUUCUCGAUUGAUGAGGGGCUACGUGAUACGAAGGUGAACCACGUGAGCGCACCUGUCGCAACGGUAGCGGCGACGGACCGCGUACCAUCCCUGCUGCGCGUAUCCGUGUCCCUCUUCGGAGGGGCACCUCAACACCAACAACCCUCGCGGCCGCACGUGGGUCGCCCUGACGCGUAA